UUCACAUUUAAAAUAUUAUACAUUAUUCAAGCAUAAUUUGAUUUCUUUACAGUGAAUCAUAUUCUUAUAAUCCAUUUUCAUGUCUCGGAAUUCGUUAAAACAUGAACAUAGAAGAACUUCAGAUUACAUAUUCUGGACAUAAAUGAAUGAGUAAAUGAGAACAGUCAACUUUUACUUAUAUUUAAUGUAUGAUGGCUGGUUCACGUAGAGGACUAGUAGCUCCACAAAAUAUAUUUCUUGAAACAGUCUUAAGACGAUUUACUACACCACAAACUGGCCUAUUAAUUGCCAAUGCUAGAAUUGUCGAUCAUCCAAUAAUUUAUGUCAAUGAAAGUUUUACCAAAAUGACAAAUUAUACAAGUCGUGAAAUGAUGCACCAGAAUGCGAUAUGUCGUCAAAUGCAUGGUAAACGAACAUCAAUUAAUUCAAUUGAACGAUUACAAAAUGCAUUGAAUGAAGGCUAUUUUGAUCAAGUUGAAAUCACUUUAUAUAAAAAAAAUCGUUCGAUGAUAUGGGUUAUUAUGUGUGUGGCUCCAGUUGAAAAUGACAAACAUGAAACACCUUUAUAUCUUAUUCUAUUCUAUGAUAUCUCACCACUCAGACAACCACUGGAUGAUGAGACACUUAGUGGAAGUUUUAGUAAGUUUGCCAAGUUGGCACGUUCAGUAGCGCGUAAUAAAACUGUGUUGUCACAAGUUGAACUGGACGACUCCUUGGUUGCCGUUGCUCCCAUUCAAAGUAAUAGUAUACCGAAAUAUCGUCAAGAAUCACCAAAAACACCUCCACAUGUUGUUUUACAUUAUUUAACAUUUAAAACUGCUUGGGAUUGGAUAAUAUUUUUAUUAACUGGUUAUACAUGUAUCAUUAUUCCGUACAGUGUUGCAUUUGGUCAUGAUACAUUAUCAGAAGAAUCAAUAUAUUUUGCUGUAGAACAUAUAGUUGACACAAUAUUCUUCAUUGACAUUGUAUUAAAUUUUCAUACAACUUUUGUUGGUCCAUCUGGUGCGGUUAUUUCAGAUCCAGUAUUAAUACGUUUGAAUUAUUUAAAAGGUUGGUUUGUAGUUGACUUAAUCUCGUCACUACCAUUUGGAAUUCUAGCAAUAUUCAGUGAUCAUACAACAUUAGUCAAUUUAUCCAGUAUAUUAAAAUUGGCUCGUUUAUUACGGUUAUGUCGAGUGUUAAGAAAAUUAGACCAAUAUUUGGAAUAUGUAGCGUCCAUCUUAUUAAUUAUGCUAUUCUGUUUUAUACUAUUGGCACAUUGGUUAGCCUGUGUUUGGUAUUUAAUUGGAAUGCAUGAUUUAAAAGAUAAAAUUUAUCAUGGAUGGAUAAUACAUUUGAUGAAUGAAACAACUGGUCCAAAAAAUUGGAGUAAUACAUCAUUAGAAGAAUAUUUACCAUCACAGUCUAUGUUAUAUAUGACAUCGUUUUAUUUUACUUUAUCGGUGAUUACAAGUAUAGGAUUUGGAAAUGUUGCAGCGAAUACAAUUUCAGAGAAAAUUGUUUCAAUUAUUUUUAUGUUAAUUGGAGCACUUGUUUAUGCGACAAUAUUUGGUAAUGUUGCGACAAUUUUACAACAAACACAUGCAACUCGAGCAAGACUUAGACAAUUAAUGUCUAGUGUAAAAGAUUUUCUACGAAUUCAUGAAGUACCAAAAGAAUUAGCUGAACGUGUUAUUGAUUAUGUAACAUCAAGUUGGUCUAUUACAAAAGGUGUAGAUACACAAACAGUACUAAAUCAUUGUCCAAAAGAUAUGAAAGCUGAUCUAUGUGUCCAUCUUUAUCGUGCUGUAUUUAGUGAACAUCCAGCUUUCCGAUUGGCUAGUGAAAGUUGUCUUAGAGCUUUGGCUGUUUCAUUCACAGUUCAACAUAACGCUCCCGGCGACUUAAUCUUUCACCAGGGUGAAAGUAUUGAUCAGUUAUGCUUUGUAGUAUCUGGAUCUUUAGAAGUGAUACAAGAUGAUGAAAUUGUAGCUAUUCUGUCAAAAGGUGAUAUAUUUGGUCAGCCAAUAUUUAAAGAUACAGAUGUUGGUCAAAGUGCAGCAAGUGUCCGCGCUUUAACCUACUGUGAUUUACAAUGUAUUAAACGAGAUAAACUUAUAGAUAUCUUGAAAUUUUAUUCACAAUUUGCAGUUUCCUUCUCUCGGACACUGGUACUCAGUUAUAAUUUACGCAAUCGUUUAACAUUUCGUAAAAUAUCUGAUGUUCGGAGAGAACAAGAGCUGAACGAAUUAAGACAAAGUCAACCUCCAAUAUCAAGUUUAGCACCAGAUCACCCGGUAAGACGAUUAAUAUCCCGGUUCUGUAGCGCAGCUACAUCCAAUUUAAGUCGUUCCAGUUCAUUUAGUUCAAAUGAACAUCGAGAAAGUGGAAAAACAAGUGGAAAGUCAAAUGAUACAUCGUUAAGUACUGCAAAUCCCGCACCAGAAACUACAUCUUCAUCAGAAAGUCUGACAAUUUCAACAAAACCAAAAUUAAGUUGGGGUCGACUUCUUGAUAUACCUAAAACAACAUCAUCAACACCAGUAGAAAUAACCACCAAAUUGACAAUGGCAACAACAACAACAACAGCACACACAACUAUCACUACAACAGCACACACAACUAGGUCUCAUCAAUCUGUCAAAAUCAACACUGGAACUAUACAAGAACAAAAACAACACAAUGAGAAAAGUCAAUUACCGAAGAAAUUAUCACAAAUUCAACGAUCUGAUGCAUUAAUUAUGAAUAAAUUAGAGAAUAAUGAAAGCAUUCAAGAUGAACAAGAAAAAUUUCAUAAAAUUAUUAUGCAACAUAUUGAGUUAAUGAGGAGCAAUUUUUUAAUAAAUAUACGUAGUUUAUCAAAUCGAUUAGAUUUAAUUGAUCAAAGAAUAACACGUAUAGCACAAUUUAUCAAUCAUAAUAAUAAUAAUAAUAAAGAUAUGAAAGAUUUGCAAAUUUCUUGUUCAUAGUUCAAAGUGAUUACUUGGAAUUGUGAAGUUAUUCACUGGUACUACUGAUGCAUUUCUAUUUAGUGGAAAAAAAAAGUUCGAAAACAGAUUAAUUUUAUUCAGCUAUAUAUUUUAAA